AUGCUGCUUCCAGCUUCAGCUUUUUUCCUAACACUACUGCAGUGUUCUAAUGCCCAAAACAAAAUAAGCAUUACACCUGCAGAUUGUAAUACCAUUGAAACAGACGCAGGAGUGGCCCUGGAUUUGGUCAACAGACAUCGCAGAGGUGGCUAUGUUUUUGGUUUAUUCCGUGUUGCUGAUGCACACGAACUACAUAUAGGAAAUUCAUCAGUCCUCUACUUAACUUUGGAUGUGCUGGAAACUGAAUGCUCUGUAUUAUCCAGAAGACACUGGGAGUCUUGUGAAUACAGUGACACCUAUUACAUGGACUUUGGGCAAUGUAAGAUUAUCACAUAUACAAGCCAGCUGCUGAAGAAACCUCAACUGUAUGGAUUUAACUGUACAUUAAGUCCAGUUCCUCCUGAUUUAUUAGAGUGCAAAGAUUGCCCUGUGAAAGUUGAAGUCUUAGAAGUCACCGAGCAACAUAAAAAUAUUGCUGCAAAGGCCCUGGAGAAAUUCAACAGUGAGGGUAAUCACACAAACUACUUCGAUGUGGACAAAGUUGAAAAGAUUUUAAAGCUGACUGCCUCCCGUGAAGGUCACAUUUUAGGAUUCUCUAUAAAAGAGACCAACUGUUCCAAAUCCGCACAACAAGCAGAUCAGGCAUUGGAAUGUGAUUUUCUGGAUGACUGGCACGCUCACGUGGGAUUCUGCAAGGCAAGAAUUAUCAGUGAUCCAGACGAACCUGAUGGAAGAGAUAUAAGCUGUGAAAUCUACCAUCCCUGGCAUCAUGACUAUGGGCAAAGAUGCAGAUAUUCAACUCUGGGACAGCCACACAGACAUCCCCAUCAUCAUUUUGGUCACAAACAUCGUCACAGACAUCAUCACAGACAUCAUCACAGGCAUGGAUGCCCACCCUCUUCUCCACCCAGACCUGAAGACCCUGAGCAUAACCAUAGUUUCAAUGAAGAACAUCAAGACAGCCGUGAAGAACCUGCUCCUCCUCCUCCCCCUCACAGUGGACCACAUCACCACCUUCACCCUCCACACCAUUGUCUUCCACGUCCUCCCCAUGGUGGACCACAUCACCACCCUCCUCCUCCUCAAGAGGAACCACAACAUCCCCCUUCUGCUCCUCCUCCCGAUGAUGCACCACAUCCUCUUCCCCAAGAGGAACCACAACAUUCCCCUUCUGGUCCUCCUCCCCAUGAUGUACCACAUCCUCUUCUCCAAGAUGAAUCACAUCAUCUCCCUUCUCCUCCUCCUUCUCAUGAUGAACCACAUAAUCCUCCUCUUGGUCCCCAUCAUAGACCACACUGUCCUCCCCCUCCUCAUGGACCACAUCACCACCAUCCUCCUCCCCAUCGUAGACCACACUGUCCUCCUCCCCCUCCUCAUGGACCACAUCACCACCAUCCUCCUCCCCAUCAUGGACCACAUCACCCCCCUCCUCCAGGACACCCUCCUCAUGUCUAUCAUCACUAUUACAGACAUCACUGCAACAAGAGAAGCAUAUCGGGAAAGUACUUUCCAUUCCAAAUAACAGGAGCUGUCUAUCGCAUUCCAGUUCUAAAUCAGCAGGAUUCUCUCACACCUCCCACUGCAAACUUUCCUGAGCUAUCCCAGAGCAACCGUCACUCCUCCAGCACUGAUGAAGGUAUUCCCUUCACUGGCUCAAGUCUAAAGGAGAUGCCAGAAGCUCUGGGUUUUCCAGAUCACCCUACACAAUCAAAGUCAUGCCCAGGAAACCCCAAACUUGUUCUUCCAAAAAUUUUGCCUUUAUUUCCACAUAGCUCCAUGGCAGAAAAUUCUCCUACAUGA